AUGUCAUUCAAAUCUGUUGCGCUGGAAAAAGGGAGUGCUGAUCGAUCUAAUUCCAGCAGAAAGAAGGGAAUGGUUCUACCAUUUCUACCGCUUUGCAUGACCUAUGAGAACUUGAGAUAUGCAGUAGAUAUGCCAAAGGAAAUGAAAGCACAAGGUAUUCCUGAAGACAGGCUGGAGCUUUUGAAAGGUGUAAGUGGUGCUUUCAGGCCAGGAGUACUAACCGCCUUAAUGGGGGUUAGUGGGGCUGGAAAGACUACUCUGAUGGAUGUCUUGGCGGGUAGAAAAACAGGUGGAUACAUUGAAGGAACAAUAACUAUAUCAGGUUAUCCGAAGAAACAAGAAACCUUUGCUCGCAUUGCUGGAUACUGCGAGCAAUUCGACAUUCACUCUCCUAAUGUUACUGUAUAUGAGUCCUUGCAAUAUUCAGCUUGGCUCAGACUGCCUCGAGAAAUUGAUGCCAACACUAAAAAGAUGUUUAUUGAUGAAAUCAUGGAACUUGUGGAGCUGACCCCACUGAGGGAUGCAAUUGUUGGAUUGCCUGGAAUCAAUGGUCUUUCAACAGAGCAACGGAAAAGGUUAACGAUUGCUGUGGAGCUUGUAGCCAAUCCAUCUAUAAUAUUCAUGGAUGAACCAACAUCAGGGCUGGAUGCUAGAGCAGCUGCAAUAGUUAUGAGAACCGUAAGAAACACAGUGGAUACAGGCCGAACAGUUGUUUGCACCAUUCAUCAGCCAAGCUUUGACAUCUUUGAUUCUUUUGAUGAAUUGGUACUCUUAAAGCGAGGAGGAGAAGAGAUAUAUGUUGGUCCAUUAGGAAAAAACUCUUCUGAGCUCAUUGACUACUUUCAGGCAAUCCCUGGAGUCAGUAAGAUAAAAGACGGUUAUAACCCGGCGACUUGGAUGUUGGAGGUGACUUCUGUUGCACGAGAAGCAGCUCUCGGAAUUGAUUUUGCAGAUUUUUAUCAAACUUCUGACCUGUACUGGAGAAAUAAAGCUUUGAUUGAUGAGCUCAGUGUACCUGCACCAGAUUCUGAAGAGUUGCACUUUGCUACUCGGUACUCACAGUCAUUUUACACCCAAUUUCUAGCCUGCCUGUGGAAACAACAUUGGUCUUAUUGGCGGAAUCCAGGAUACUCAGUAGUGAGACUCUUUUAUUCCAAUGCCAUUGCCUUGAUGUUUGGAACAAUAUUCUGGAAUCUUGGCACCAAAAGGAAUAAAGAACAAGACCUUUUCAAUGCCAUGGGCUCCAUGUAUGCAGCUGUGCUAUCAUUAGGAGUACAAAAUUCUUCAACAAUUCAACCUGUUGUUGCUAUUGAGAGAACAGUCUUUUAUAGAGAAAAAGCUGCAAGGAUGUAUUCGGCGCUGCCAUACGCCUUUGCUCAGAUGGUGAUUGAGCUUCCUUAUACAUUUAUUCAAGCUGUCAGUUAUGGGAUUAUAGUUUACGCGAUGAUUGGAUUCGAAUGGACAGCUGCAAAGUUCUGUUGGUACCUCUUCUUCAUGUAUAUGACCUUGUUGUACUACACCUUCUACGGCAUGAUGUCAGUUGCAGUAACACCCGACCCCAGCAUUGCAGCCAUUGCUUCAUCAGUUUUUUACUCAAUAUGGAAUCUGUUUUCAGGAUUUGUAAUUCCUCGAACGAGAAUUCCAAUAUGGUGGAGGUGGUACUAUUACAUUUGCCCUGUCUCUUGGACAUUGUAUGGAUUGCUUACUUCACAGUUUGGAGAUAUCCAGGAAGAGCUUGAAUCAAAUGAAACAGUCGAACAGUUCUUGAGGAGUUACUUCGGAUACAGGCGCGAGUUCUUGGGAUAUGUUGCACUGAUCAUCACUGGAUUCGCGGUGCUUUUCGCGUUCAUUUUUGCCUUCUCAAUCAGGCAAUUCAACUACCAGAAAAGGUGAAGAGUUCUGAAAGAAUGCCAAACCUCAGGAAACUCUUCUGAGUUUCGGAAGAGAGAUAAACAUCUUAUAUUUAUGAAACAUGAUUGGUUGGUUACAUGUAGAGUUUCAACAUUGUGGUCUACUUUCUUAUAAAGCAGAUAUAUAAUGAACUCUCUAAGAUUUUACGCUUUAACGACGCACG